AUGCUGCGAAUACGACUACGUGUAGGAGGGGCUCGAACAAUGGCUGCUGUUGGUAAGCGUCAUGCUGAACAUCUAACAACGAAUUCUGAGGAAAAUGAUGCAUCGCCAGGAGGAGGAGCAAGUGAUAAAUUGAGUAUACAAUCAGAUGCGGCCUUACCGCGCAAGCGACCAAGAACUUCUGCAAAGCAUGCUGUAAUCGAUUCGUCUAAUGUUGAAACGGGUUGCGGAGAUGAUGGUGCAACUCAAUUCAUAGGCAGUCAAGGCGACAUAUACGAGGAAGUCAUUACAGAACGUGUUAUAGUGCCACAGAGAUCGUGUCGUGGUGAUCAGGAUUUGAAAGAAAAAACUCCUAUGAGAAACAUUUCAAAUGAAAAUACGAAGAGCGAAACUGUAACAUCUGAUCGCUAUAACGAACCGAAGAAAUAUAAAUAUUUCCGAAAAUUGGUGGAAACAUCCUGUGACCUGGCGAACUGGCGUUUGCAGGAAAGACCGUGUGUAAAUUCGUUGUAUGACCCUUGCAUAAUUUGUGCUGCUGCGCCGAAUAAAAAGAAAGCCAUGGAUUGUCGUUUCUACAACCGCAUGUUACGCAAUCGUGAUGACCCCAAAUUAUGUCGCCACCUUGUGAUUAACGAUAUCGAGAAAAUCAAGUCAUUAUUUUUGCUGGAAAUGGACGUUCCAACAGAGCAAUUUAUCGAUAAAACUGGCAAGCCAAAGGAAAAGGCAGAAGCGUCUCAAAUGGCUGCGUACGUUCUACAGUGCGUAUAUUCAAGUUACGAGAAAGUGGUAAUUCGUGAACAAGAAGCCAUAUCGGACUUUCGUGAGGAAGAUGCAUUCUACAAUCAUACGUUUGGUGAGAAGCAAAUAUGUGACGCGUGUCGUUUUGCUAUCCUAAAUGCUCAUUUUUGCUGUGAAAUUUGUGGGUCAGAAUUGUGCACAGCGUGUUAUAAAAAACUGGACGGAAAAGAUUCUUACCCUCCGAUUUGGUUAGAGUCACUUCCUUGUACAAAUGGUCGCGUUCACAGUUCUUCUAUGUUUCACUUGGGAUCUUUUUUGCCUUCAUUUGACAUUUUUCGUGAUACACUUUACCAGUCGAUGAAACAAAUCGUACGAUAUGGUGUCAAGAGGGGUGGUGCUUUAUGCAACGGUAAUCACGGACGAGGCUGUAAUGUGAAAUUAUUUCAGGAGGAAAAAUGCUAUUGCCCUUGCUUUUCCCCUCUCUCAAAAUUUCCGAUCGAGAAAGUUUGUGUUAUCGAAGAUCAGUUUUCGUCGGAUGCUUACGCCCGUUUUAAAGCUCAUUUAGCUGCACACAAUCCCAUUGUAGUCGAAAACGUAAAUCGUCAUCCCCGUUACCGUCGGUCAUUGUGGACACAGGCAGCCUUCGAAAAAAUUUUGGCUUGUGAUCGGAAUUUACGUGUUCUGGAUAGUCGGAACUUUUCAACUGUGAUGAUUCGUGAUAAACCGUGCUCACUGAGAAUGUUCUGGUCGAAAUUUGGAUUAAAACGGGGCAAUGAUGACUGUUACAUGAAGAUAAAAGACUUUCCGGAGUCGAAAUUAUUUUCUAGUAUUGCUCCUGAACAGUAUGUAAAUUUGUAUGAAAUCAUGCCUUUUCUGGAUUACACACAUAUUGAUCGCAAGGAAAGUGGCCGUGGCAGAUUGAAUUUGUUGAAUUUAUUCAACAAUAGAUGUGAGCAACUAGAUCCAGGACCAAAAGUUUAUGUUUGCUUCGGAUUAUAUAACGCUCCACAUUUGGCUUCCACUCCAUUGCAUCUUGAUGUAUCUGAUGCAGUAAAUUUUUUGCCGUUUGUUAAAGCGCCGGAUGAAAUGUCAAGAGAAGAAGUGAGAGAUGCUGUUGAGCGACGGUUAGAUGUAGAGGGUAUCCGUGGAUUUCACAAGGAGCGUGCUCUUCGUGAACCGGAAAAAGCUGGUGCUAUUUGGAAAAUAUUUCAUCCCAGUGAUAAUGCGAAAAUCCGUGCUGCCAUUAUGGAAUGGAAAGAAGUGAAAGGGGAAGAAUGGAGUGGUGAUGUUAUUCACAACCAAGACGUUGUGGUGACACGUGAAAUGAUGGAUUUUUUCGAAGAAAGAGGGAUUGAAUGCCGUAUGUUUGUGCAGAAUGAAGGCGACGUUGUAUUUAUACCAUCCGGAGCAGCCCAUCAAGUUCAGAAUAUCAAUUCAUGCGUUAAAAUUGCUGAGGACUUUGUUGCUGCAGAAGGCAUUGCUUAUACAGUAGCAGUUACUAAUGAGUUGCGAUUUUUGCGAACUAAAGAUGAUCUUGUGCAGGUGGACAAACUGUUGCACUUCGCAUGUGCUGCGGCAGCGGCUGUAUUGCAAAACAGCGAACCUGGAUUAGUAACAUCGAGUCUUCCUCAGUAA